AUGUUGAAACAACUGUCUCGCAUCGAGGGGGAUUCGUCGGCUCCGACAAUGCCCCGCCUGCCGCAAUCGCCGCUGACCGUCGACUCAUCUGCGCCUGCGUCGCCCGCCAUCUCCCUUUUCUCUGCCACCGGCCACACGCGCAUCUCUAGUUCUGUCUCUUCGCUCGUCUCCGGUCUGGGCAGCUCAAUGGAGAGCCCAAGUCGGACCCAGUUGUCCGGGGUCAAGGAAGAGCCUUGGCCUCGUCAGUCGUCGGAGUUGGAAGACCAAUAUUUUGAACAUUUCGACUAUGACAUGCCUAUGGACGAUCUAUGUUUCUCUCCCAUCGACACAACCGAUAGCUACGAUCUCAGUGACACGGGUAUGGACCAGUCUCACUCGCCGAAAAAGCGCUGCUCCGAUUCCUCCAUGAAGGGCGUCUCGCGCAUCAGCUCUCACAUCUCGAUCAUGUCCACGCGCUGGAAGUCCAAACAUGCCUCAGGUGGCACCGAAGACGGCUUUAUUGAAGAUCUCCAGUCGCGCGCCAACUCCGCGGCCUCCUCCGCCCUCGCCAGCCCGGUCAUGAGUCCCGUUAGUCCCGUGGGGCGGUUCGACUCGCAGAUCCCGCCAUCACCCGCGCGGACGAUCUUUGAGGAGCGCAUCAGUGAUUCUGCCGUGCGACCGAUCGAUAUCACGCGCGCCAAUAGUUUCGGCGAGGACGAAAAUGACACCCUCCAGGCGACGACGCCACUUCUCCCGCCUUUCAUGGGUGACGACCCCACCAGUGUCACUGCCUCCCGGGUGCAGUCGCCGCUCCAGUCCCCAUCAGUCGCAGACGUCAGCCAGUCCACUCAAUACAGUGGAACCUCCGAUCCGCGCAUCGCGGGCAUCCCCUCGCCCCCACUGUCCUCAAAACCAUCCGUCGCGUCAUUCAGCCGACCCCGAGCCAGCACCGUCCGCACAAUCUCGGGUGAACCCACACCCUUCAUCCUAUCCGACCCGAACGACGAAUGGGCCAACAAACUAGGCCAUGCCAAUUUCACCAUCCAACCGGAACCUUACGUGCCCACCACCUGCGACAUCGACACAUUCCAACAACUGCGCGCAGACUGGGAUAUCGCCCGGUGUAACUACGCAAAACAUCUCGUCCGCACAGGCGAGCACUACGGAACCACGUCGAACAUCUACAAGCUCACCGAGGAAAAAUGGGAGUUCAUCAGCCGACAAUGGAGAAAUCAGCACGAUGGAAUGCUGAACCUGCUCGGUUCGGUGGACGGCGUCGCCUUGACUCUGACUCAGUCGAACAUGUACCCAUGCGAGCAGGUCCGCAUCCCCCGUCUGCACGACAAUGACAAAUUCCCCGAAAUGGGCGACGAGGACAUCGUCGGUCCGAUGACCGUCGCGUCGCCGAAUGAGUGCUCGGGCUCGUCUCUAAAGAAGCGGGCUUUCUUCAAGUUCUUCCGGGGCCUGGUCUCCCGGUCAUAA